GCACACGAAAGGAUAUUACUAUCGAGCCACAGCAGCACAAAUCAAAUAGACGCAACAGCGAGAAGGAACGGAGGAAAGAAAGAAAAGACGCUGGUCUCUCUUCAUUCUAUAUAUAUAUUUGUUUGUUUUCUUUAUUUAUUUAUUGUUGUUAUUCCACUGCGUCGUUGUGCCUGUGUGCGAGCGUGGGAUCUCCAUACUUGACGUCGACAGCCACUUCUUGGUCUGCACUACCGCGGCGUUGCGCAUCGUUGCACCCCACGAAGCACCACACACACACACACACACACACACACACGGACUAAAGAUGUCUGCCACAGAUCCCACCGCAAAGACGGUCCCAUCGCAAGCCAAAAAGGAAGCAGAGGCAGCGAAGUCCGACACGGCGUCCACCGCGCAAAGGGACACGGAAAAGGGCGGGAGUGGAGGUGGUCUGUGGGGAUGGCGCAGCCGUCUCAUGAACUGGCGGGGCGACGGCGACAGCGGCCCCGCCGAGGUGCGCACAGAAGGUGCCCCAACAACGCAGGAAGACAAGGCAGAAAAGAAGGAGGCAGCAGCCACGGCCGAAGGUGAAGGCAGCGAGGCCACCUCGGCGGCAGGGGCAGCACCUCCUGCACCAGCGACACGGCCCAUGAACAUCUGGCUGCGUCGCGCGCUCGAGCGGCAGGCGGAGUCGGCCAUCGCGGAGGCUAUUCGAGAUGGCAAGCCCAUCCCUGCCGUGUCAAUGCCGCCGACAACAACAGCCGCGGCGGCGGUAGAGAGCAAAAAGUCCGGCCCGGCAGUGGACGUCAGCAGAGGCGACGACACCGCAGCGAAGGGAACGGCAGAGGGAGUGGCGCCCGCGUCGAAAGUCAGCUUUGCGGAUUUGAUGCGGCAGCACCGCGAGGGUCUGCUGGCCCCUGCGGCGCAGCCUCCGGUAAAGGCAACCAACGUCGUGAAGAAGCCCAAGGCAGCAACGGCGGCAAUGGCAGUGGCCACACAGCACACGACGGAGCCGACAGGCGACACCGCCACCAUCACGCCAACUGCAAAGAAGCGCCGGUCGAAGGCGGCACCCGCAGCAGCGGCAGCGGAGGGUAAAACGCCCAAGAACAAAGGGACGGAGGAAGCAGAGGCAGAAACCGCCGCGGCAGACACCGCAGCCGUGCACCGCGGUGCAGUCCGCAAGCGGGCGAAGGCGGCGUCGGCGCUGAAUAGCGCCUCUGCGAAGCGCACGCAGGACACGAGCGCGGCUGAGUCUGCGUCUGCCACGCCUACGCACACCGUAACCGUAAAAGGAAACAACUCACUGGAAGAGCUGCGAGCACUGCGCAACCGCACCGCGGGCAGCGCCCACAACACCCCCACGCCAGGCGCAGACGGUGCCGGUGCUGCGGAUGCGGAGAGCACGGACGGCUACAGCGAGAAUGCGUUAGACGCGAUUAGCCAGCUUCUCCUGCGCUACUGCCUCGGCGACGCAUCCGCGUCCACGACGGCGAAAACCGCAGGAGAGACCUCGGCAGUUCACAUGAGCACAUCAGGGCCGUCGACAGCACCGACCACCACCACCAUCAACAACGAGCUCGCCUUCUUCAACCAACUGAUGGAACUGUGCGAACAUAACUGCUUGACGGCGGAGUCGCUGGAGCUGCUGUGGAAAAUGUUCCAACACGUACGCGUGCUGCGCCGUCCGGCUCCCCUCGAUGCCGCUGCCGCCGCCGCGCACUCAAGCGAAAAGGCAGAGGAAAGGAGUGACACGAAAGGAGCCCCCAGCUCGGCAGAGCCGGAGGUGGACGCGGAGGCCUACCGGGCCGCCGCACGCCGUCGUGAAUACGUGCAGCAGGUCAUCAUGGUCGUCAUCAACCGCCUGAAGCAGCUGAAACUGAACGAGCAGCAGCAGCGUCGGCAGAAGCACGAGCAAGAACAGGCGUCAGCAGCAACCUCCACCGUCGCACAGGCAGUGGCAGACCGCAGCAACACCGCUGCUGGAGCGGCGCCGCAGCUCGUCAUUGGGCACUCGAUGCCUUCCAUCAAGGUGGGCGGCGUCCCGUUGAACCCGAUCCCCACCGCCGCCACUACCGCUGCAGGCGCAGCAGCGACAACAACGACGACCACAACUCCCCUCGCUGCCCAGCGCGGCAACCCGCCACCCAGCGAACUCUCCUACGAUGAGCAGAUGAGGCGCCUGGCAGGGUGGCGCUCGAUGGCGGAGAUGGCGCGAGGGAACAGCGCGGAGGGCGAGGCGGCAGCCGCAGCAGCGCUGGCGUCGACGAUGGCCGCCUACGGCUACCCCAACCCGUACGCUCACCUCACCGUCUUCUCCCAGCAUCAGCCGGUCGUCCCGCCGGUGGGGUGGCUGUCAGCGAUCUCCUCCCCGUCCCCUUACGGGUUCGCCGGAGCGCGCCCUGGGUCCAAUGGGCAGGGUGCCCGCAACAGCAGCAGCAACAACAACUGUAACACGAGUAGCAUGAGCGUAGCGGCUCGCCUCAUGCCCUCCCCCUUCCCAGGCGCGUUUCCCAUUAUUCCCCCGCCUCCGCCUAUGUCUUCGACGGGUCGUGGUGGUAGUGGAGAAAACGCGAAUGCCAAAGAGGAUCGCGAGACGCAGGAAUUGUUCCGCAUGAUUCGAAAUCAGCUCGCCCAGCCCAUUCAAGGUCACAACCACGGCACGCCGAGCACCACAUCGCCGUCGGUGGUCGACGUGUCGCAGGCGGAGCGUGCGGUCUUGCGUGACGUUCAGGAAGACUUCAAGCAACAGCAACGCAGUGCACGUGGCCUCCUCAGCAACUCCCCAGCACCACCGUCAGCGUCGACGCCGCCAAGUAGCAGUUUAGACGCAUCAGAGGCGCAGGACGGCGUGCCCCACCGCACCGUCUUUGUGUCGCAGGGUACGCAACAGGAGACGAAGGGAGACUCCCCGUCGACGCUUAGCAUCAUUCCCGAAGAAGUGACAGGAGAAGAGACGCCAUCGCAGCUCUCUUCCGUCGCACCAGCUGCCAGCACGACGACCACGACGCUGAACCUCGAGGCGAAGCCGUUUGUUCCCGGCAAGCCGGCUGCCUCCGUCGUGCCCACCGCCUCGGCAGACUCGACGCCCACCAAGACGAAGUUCAACUACAGGGCAGCCCCUUUCGUGCCCGGAGGUCAACUCCACCCCAACCCCAACCCCAAACCCAACAGCACCACCGCAACGCCGCCACACGGGAGGAUCCGCUACGAGGCAGCACCUUUUGAACCCCGCACGAGCAGCAACAGCGGCAGCACUCCAUCGAGUGCAGCGGUAGCGCCGUCGCACAUGAACGCGCAUGCACCUGCGUUCGUACCCACCCAGAAGCCACCGGCGUCCAGCUCGCACCCGCCAUCUCAGGGCAGCCGUAGCAGCAGCAACCACCACGACAGCGGCAGUCUUCUAUCCGCAAACGUGCGCUGCUCUGUGCCUAGCGGCGCACCAAGGACUGCAGACUCGGCAGCGGAUCCGUGGGCGUCGUAUGAGAUGUUUGCGCACUGGCGUGAUAUGAUGGAGGCUUAUUACCAGGGCGUCUUUGCGUCACAGCAGACUGCCGGCACCCCCUCCGCUCUUAGGACACCGCAGAGGUACACGUAA